AUGGGAGUUACCAAGCCCAGAUAUGGUGUCUACACACCACUAGUGACUUUCUUCAACGAUGACGAAUCUAUCGAUUUCGAAGCUACUCUGUCGCAUGCUAAACGCAUGGCAGACAGCGACGUUGCCGGUCUUGUCCUCCAAGGUAGCAAUGGAGAAGCUCCCCAUUUAGACCAUGAUGAGCGAAAAGCUCUGGUACGCGCAGUAAAGGAUCAUUUGGCAAAACUGGGUUACAUGGAGCUGCAAUUGAUCGUGGGCUGUGGUGCGGCCAGUGUUAAAGAAACCGUCCGAUACAUAUCCGAAGCAAAGGAGUCUGGUGCCGACUAUGCUUUGGUCUUGCCACCGGCGUAUUGGGUUGCGGCGAUGAACGCAAGCGUUAUUGAGGGUUUCUUUCGUGAUGUGGCCGCAAAAUCAGCCCUACCGAUCCUCAUAUACAAUUUCCCCGGAGUAGGAGGAGGCAUUGACAUCACCUCUGAUUCAAUCAUCCGCCUCGCCCAGGCCGACUCCAAAAUCAUUGGGUGUAAACUCACCUGCGGGAAUGUGGGAAAACUGCAACGCAUCUCAUCAACACUCCCAGCAGAGUCAUUUGCGGCCUUUGGUGGAAAAUCAGACUUCUUUCUACCUGCACUCGUGGCAGGAUCUAACGGUAUAAUCGCGGCUCUCGCAAACGUUGUACCUAAAACGCAUGUUGAGCUGUUACGGCUUUGGGAAAAGGGGGAUUUGAAGUCGGCACAAGCACUCCAAUCUAAGCUUAGCCAGGCGGACUGGGCCCUGUCAAAGGUCGGUAUUGCUGGAGUCAAGGCGGUGGUCUCGCAUCAUUUCGGAUAUGGGACAGGCAAAGGGCGACGACCUCUUGGUAUCGCGACGAUUGAAUCACUGAGCCAGGACGUAGUAUCUAGCAUCCUGGCAGUUGUUGAAAUUGAGAAGAAGUUAUAG